AUAUUUGCUGAAUUUCCGAUCCUCUUGUCAGGAGGUUGACUUUAGUGACAUUACGUUGGAUCAGUAACCACCCGUUUGAGUUCAUUGUUAGAAGACAUCUUAAUUUGGCCGUUCAUGUUAAACCUCACUUUGCCCUUGAUUCUGUUUAGACAUCUUCCAUUAAAAGGAUAGCUGUAGCAUGACUGACUUCAGGUGUCUGAAGAUGAUUUCGUUAGGCUUCUAGGUUGCUGGACUCUGGCUCUUUUCUACUGCUGCAGACGGACUAACAUGGCUUUCCAUCUUGAUCUAUCUUAAGCAGGACUGUCAUCCAUACCUGUUCCUCAGUGAAGGGGCAUGCAAAGAACUCAUUCAGCUUCCUGUUGAGCUUCGGACCCUGUUUGAGUAAUCCUUUUGUUGGACAAUGGGCCAGACAUCCCCUGGCUGGUUACCAAACACAAGAGCCUUUACUGGGUCUUCACAUAAUGAACUAGAGAAGCAUAGACGGGCUAAGCUCCGGCUGUAUUUGGAGGAGCUAAAGCAGCUUGUCCCUCUUGGGCCAGAUAGCACUAGACAUACCACACUCAGUCUGCUGAAACGGGCCAAGACACACAUUAAGAAAUUGGAAGAACAGGACCGAAAAGCUCUAAAUAUUAAGGAACAAUUACAACGAGAACAUCGCUACCUCAAGCGUAAAUUGGAACAACUCUCCAUGCAGGGCCUGGAGCGAAUCCGCACAGAUAGCCUGGGAUCAACAAUAUCCACUGAUUCUGAACAAGAGGUAGACAUUGAAGGAAUUGAAUUUACACCAGCUGAAAUGGACAGUAGUGGAAGCUCCAGUGAUGCCGAAGACCACUGCAGUUUACAAGGCAGCUCAAGUGAUACAGGCUAUGCACAUUCCUAUAGACUAAACGGCAGACUUGUGUAGUGUUCGAGUGAACCACUCAACUCAGGACCUUCUGAUUGAAGCACUUAUACAAAAAAAAAAAAUUCCCGAGUUGCUGAUUGCCACUCUUCCAGAAAACCUCUACCACGACACUCCAAAAGGAGGUUUCUUUUCCAAGAUUUUCUUGUCUAUGAAUAGAUCAUUAAACAAACUGUAAAUCAUGUUUUUUCUGCAGUUUGAGAUUAGACACAGUUGUGGCUUAAAGUUCUUUCAUAUAGCCAUUGUAUAAGCUGUUGACAGUAGGGGGGAAAAAUCCACCAGAACGUGAAACUUAAACAACUUAAUUAGUUUGCUUUUCCUCAUCAACUGUCUUAGAUGUCAGAAUGUUUGUAAAGGGCAGAAAUCAACUGUUUUAGGUAUCAAAAUGUACGUAAAGGGCAGAAGUCUACCUGUAGGGAGGGAUGGCACCUGCCUUCUGCUGUUUAAAAGUGGCUUGUCUCUCUUUGGCAGUAGGAACAGCUGUGGCCUCAAGUGAGCCUCCAUCUGUGUGCGUAGCUUGCUCCUGUCCUCUUGUUCGGAUUAUGGCCAUAGUAAGGAUUGCAAGCUAUGGUAAAUUAUAUGCCUUUUAGAGUAUUUAAUCAUAAAAAAUCUUUGCUAGCCAAAGAUUGUUAGAAAAAUCCUUUCAACAUUUGAGAGACUCAAAAAGUAUUUAAUUUGUACGUUCUUGAUAGAAGGUGGAAGAGCCAGAUCUAAUAAUAACUUUAUGUGCAAUGAUCCCAGCUUUGUUCUCUAGCACUAAUUCAAGAGAGCUACCCAUAUUGGCUCACAAGAGCAAAAAACGCUUUGCCACUUUCAAGCGUGAUUUAUUGUGGUAUGAGCUUUUUAGGCACAAAACAACUGUCUCCCAUUCACUGUCCCCAACAAGUUUUAGUACUCGUAUUUUUUUUUCUCCUUUACAUGCAUAGAGAAUAGCUAGCACUCAGCUCUCAGGAAUUUUAAUUUGCAUGUAUUCCUGCUGCCUUCUCGGACCAUUUCAUGCAUCUUCUGAAAGCUUCCUCGUGGCGUAAGAAACCAGAGAGCCACGUAUGCCGCUGAUCCACAGAAACAUGUUGGAUGUGCUUUGGUUCUUAACCAAACACUAGAUGCAUCUGAUAGGAGUAACUAUUCAUCUGCUUCUGGGUCCAUUAGUCGUAUGCACAGAAAGUGUGACGAGCUGGACCAGGGGCCGUACCUUUUAAUGCUUCUUACUUAGACAAUGACCCACCCAUUCCCUUCUUGUUUAACGGGAAACUGUCAGUUAAUGCACUGGUUAUCACAGACUACACGGCAUGUCAGUAUUUUUGUUGGAGAGUUCAGAGUUCCCGAGAUCACAGAGGUAGAUAAUUAAACCUUUGUUUAGAAGGAAGAAAAAAAACCUAUCUUCCUGGACUUUGUGUUUUCCUGUAUAUAGUUGCCAGUAUGCUGAAUAGAAGGCAUGACUUUAAAUUACUAUAUUUCUUUUAGAACAAAAUUAAGAGUCCAGUAGCACUUUAAAUUGUGUUGGUAUUAGGGGGCUGCUGGGCUCGAAUUUUAUUCUGCUACUAUAGACUAACACAGCUACCCACCUGAAACAAUAUUCCUUUUAAGCAUUAUUGUUACACUCUUAGUGGCAAUUUCAAGGUUUUUUUUUAACCAAAUGCUGUAAAAUUGCUCAAUCUAUUUAGAAUUCAUCAGGAUGUUCAAAAUGUAUUUACCCCAAUUGUAGCAAUACUGCAGAAGUAUAUUUUAAUACAAUUUAACCUUAGUGAAGUUAUUAGAUCUUUGCUUGCUGGUUUUUAAAAAUGGACCAAUCUUUGCAUUACUACUUUUAAAUAAAGGUCUUUUUUAAAUGAUUUACAAAGCUAUACAUGCUUAAGACAAGUAGUGUAUUUCCUGUAAAUAUUUCCUGUAAAAGAGUUUGUAUUAUAUUUUUCCUAACUCUUCUUACUUGUAUAGUGAAAGGGAAUGGUAUAAACCCAGACCAGAGUCUCAGGGGCUCUUUGCUGUAGUCCUAUUGUGCCUUGGUCACCAUUUAUGUAUGCCUGUUUCUCUCCUUGGUUUUUUUUUUAAAACAGCUAAGUUUGUUGAAAUGUUUUACUUUGCCUCCAGUGAAGCAGUGAGAGGUAUGUUUGUUUUUAGGGCCAGGGAGCUUAUCAUUCCCACACCCGUACCUCAUGGUGGCGUUGGUGCUGCAUAUUGAAGGCUGCAUGCAGUGUGCUUUUUUAAACACUGACCAAUAAUCAAAUCUAAAAAUGCACAAUGGUGAAGCAAAUAGUUUUGUUGCCCUUUUUAUAUUACGUAUAUGUGUUUUCCCUUCGGUGCUUACAGUUCAGAAAAUAAAAGUUGACUCUACUUCUGGCAGCUUGCACUCCUUGUCUGCUUGCUUCCCCAACAGCCUGGGACUGGCUAACAAGGACAUCUGCUUUUAAAGAAACUAUUUUGUAGCCACUCCUGCGUCAAGUCACGGGGAGAGACCUAAGGUUAUAAAUUCUGGCAGCUGAAUUUGAAAUCAGUACGCCUUUUGUGGGAUGCUGUUUUGGUGUAUGCUAUACACAUUGCGUAUUACUGAAAUCGUCAGUGGAGAAGAGAUAUAGCAAUAUUAGCAUCGUGUGUAGCUGAUAAGCAGCAUGAAUUACGGUCUCAUCUGGUGCAUAAAUAAAUUUUCCAAAUCAUGAAAUUUUUAAAUGUUUACCUUUAAUGCACAACUCUCAACGGGAGGAAAUAGCUGGUCAUGUUGUUGCUUCUCUUCUACUAUAUAAUGGAAUUAUUCAUGGCUUGUAAAAUGUUUUGUUUAUGAAAAACAGCUCUUGCACAGUCUUUCAAACAGAAACAACUACAAAAAUUUAAAUCUCAGAAUGACCAUUGCUGAAUUUUAUGCCACUCUGAUGUUCUCUUAUAAAUGAAUGUGCACAAUUUAAUGAACUCUUCCAGAUUGGGGAUCAGUGGCUUUGUAGAUCUUAUAUUUUCAAUAAAGAUUACUUCAAUAUUCUGAGA